CCGAGGGUCGGAGAGCCUCUGAUGUCAGCGGGUUGAGAUGAUGAUGAGGAGGAGGAGGAGGUAGGGCGGAGAGGGAAGGAGCGAGAGAGUGAGACAGGGAGAGAGAGUGCGAGAGAGCGAGGGGGAGAUAAUUUACAGCGUCAGUGAGGCCCGCAGAGGAAGCUGCAGCGACGCUACACCAGUCAUGGAGCAGGAGUUCGAGGAGAUCGACAAAAACGGAAACUGGCCGACGCUUUAUCAGGAUAUCCGACAUCAAGCCAGUGACUUCCCUUGUAAAGUAGCCAAGCUUCCAGAAAAUAGAAAUCGGAACAGAUAUAGAGACGUCAGUCCAUUUGAUCACAGUCGAAUAAAGCUGCAGCAGGGUGAUAAUGACUACAUUAAUGCAAGCUUGAUUAAAAUGGAGGAGGCUCAAAGAAGUUACAUUCUAACUCAGGGACCUCUUCCAAAUACGUGUGGCCAUUUCUGGGACAUGGUUUGGGAACAAAAGUCUCGGGGAGUGGUGAUGCUCAACAGAAUAAUUGAAAAGGGAUCAGUAAAAUGUGCACAGUACUGGCCAAGUAAGGAAGAAGUGGACAUGGUUUUUCCAGACACACACUUCAAGUUAACAUUGGUUUCAGAAGACGUAAAAUCAUACUACACAGUCCGUCAGUUGGAGGUUGAAAACCUUGCAACCAAAGAAACCAGGGAAAUUUUGCACUUUCAUUAUACCACAUGGCCUGAUUUUGGAGUUCCAGAAUCUCCUGCUUCAUUCCUUAACUUCCUUUUCAAAGUGAGGGAAUCUGGCUCGCUGAAUCCAGAGCAUGGGCCCAUUACAGUUCACUGCAGUGCAGGAAUAGGAAGAUCUGGCACAUUCUCACUGGUUGAUACCUGUCUUCUGCUGAUGGAUAAACGGAAAGAACCUUUAUCUGUGGAUGUUAAGCACGUUUUAUUAGAGAUGAGAAAGUAUCGUAUGGGUCUCAUUCAAACAGCUGAUCAGAUGCGUUUUUCCUACAUGGCUAUUAUUGAGGGGGCAAAGUUCAUCAUGGGAGAUCCUUCCGUACAAGAACAAUGGAAAGAGCUUUCUAAUGAAGACCUUGCACCACCACCAGAACAUAGCCCUCCACCUCCGAGGCCCCCAAAACGUGCAACUGAAAUGCCCAAUGGAAAAGCACCAGAUGAGAUCAUGUGUUUUACAGACCCAGAUGAGAGAACAUGUGAACAAAAAGUGGAAGAUAUCGCUGAUGGCAAAAUAAACCCACUUACCAAGUCGCAAACAGAAAGUUCAGAACCAGGGCUUCGGAAGAGGCACGUUGGCAAGGUUGCAUUUAUGCCCACACAAACAAACGAACAGGAUAAUCCAGGAAAAAGUGAAACGGAUGAGGAGGCGACGAAGGAGGAAAAUUCAUGGUUACAUUGGAAACCUUUUAUGGUUAAUGUAUGUGUGCUCACUGCUCUCACAGCUGGGGCUUACUUCUGCUAUAGGGUGUACUUCCAUUGACAACUACCCUAGAGGAUAAUGUUUUAUACAGUAAAGCAUGUUUCAUAAAGCCGAGGGUCCAUGUCUUAGGAAGCAAACAAAUUAUAAGACUGGAGCUUAUAGGGAUAAGAUGAUGCACUAGGGUUUGUUAUAAUCCCUUGGUCCCAGGAGUAUAACAUUCAAAUCUCAGGGCCUUGACUAUUCAGGAGAAAGCCGUAGAAAUGCCAAAUAUGGGAGGGUCAGGGUGUGUAUGUGUUAGUGUGCGUGUCUUUCAGUGUAUAAGGCCAGCAGGGGUGGUGGUGUACUUUUGAUUUAUUUUAUUGCUCACUUUAGAAUUGUGUUUGGGAAAAAUACACAUCCUUCAGCCCCAGUAAACUUAUUUCAUAAUUGCCAAUGUUAAUGAUAAUUGUCAUUGGUUCAAUUGGAAACAAAUCCAAUGUUAUAUUCUUGGGAAAUAAAAUGUAGCAUUUAUGUUCAACUUUUUGCUUUCUUUACAGACACAUUUCAGUCAUCAAAAGUAUAUAUUUUUUCAUACAAUGUUUGGGCUUUGCCUUCUGUGAAAUUGCAUUAAUCUCAGCAAAAUUGUGACAUUACGUUUUUGCUUUUGUCAAAACAGUUCUGCUAAGAGGCUUCCACACUGCUCAGGGUUCUCUAGCAAAAUGGUCCCCAUCAAUUGUGUCUGUUAACCAUUUUCUAUUACUCUUGCAAUAUUGCUUGCUCAAAACAUUUUGAAAGCAAAUUAACUGGCUUCUAGUCUUUCCUUCUUCGGCUAUCACAAAAUAGGGAGGUGUAAAACGACAAAAUGCAAAACCUUUCCACCAGCAUUUUUUUUUACAACCGUGCCACACAGAGCUUAAACCAUCAAGUCUGCAACAAAGCAUUUUUCACUCCAUAUUUAUUUGUAACAGGUAUUAGUGCAUUUGACAUUUUUGUUAACCAAUGUAUUAAAUAUAUAGCCUUUUUAAUCAGAGCUUUGUAUCAAGGGCUCAUAGUAAAAUAAAGUAAUAUACCUCAUGCCAGUACUGGAAGCUGAGCUCCAUCUACCCCGUGAGAUGUAGGGUGACAGUACUUCAUCUGAGGAAAAAUUGUAAGUAGUCAGUAUAUAGUUCUGUUGUCUUGAGAAAAUAUGAAAAUUAGCCAUUUUUGGGUCAUGUAUAAAUAUGGGGAAUCUGAUAAUAUAUAAUUGUAGAAAAUAAGAGUGUGUGAGCUAUAGAAUUGCUCUGUUGAAUGAUUGUCAAUGGUCUGGAUGCCCAUUAUUAUAUCCUGGCAGUUGGACAUUGAACACCAAUGUGUUGAAUGCAUGUAGUUUCCAGUACCAUCAUUAAACAUGAAAUUGCUUGGAAGUUGAAAGAUGUAUAUCUUGAUUACUGCUGUGAAGAUUAAUUGCAUGGUUAUUCUGUUUGGUAACGAUGCCAGUGGUUAUGAGACAGACACUGAAAAGUUCAAAUUUGUGAUUGAUUCCCAUGGUGGAUAUUUGUAUAAAAGCUAGAAUAUUUGUAUUUGAAUCUACCAUGGCAUGUAUGUAUUAGUGUAAUUGAGAUGUUUGCCACAUUUCAAGAACAGAAUGUGUAGUUCCGGCAUUCCAAAAUUGUCCGCAGGGCUUAUUCACAUCUCACUUUUUGUUGCCUUGCGCAGACCAUAUUUCUAUAAGCAUUGAAGUUUGGUGUCUUAGAAACAAACUUGAACGUAAAUUUCUUCAUGCAAAGAUCUCAGCAAUAUGACUGGCAAAUCUGCCUUCUCCCUCUCUUGCAUACAUUACCAAUAUUUUGACUGAGGCAUUGUGGUAACAUUUCAAUCAGCUUAUUUCAAACGUAAUUCCUCGAUGCUGAAAUAUUACCAUUUCACCUCAACGUGUGAGAAGUGAGCAGUGAAUGAACCCCGUAUGCAGAAUUUUAAACAGACUCUUGUAUAAUGUUUAUGUACAGCAAAAUUCUAAAAUAGAUGAGUUGGCAUACCUCUUAAAUGACAGACACUGCUAAAUAACUGCUUUACUAUAAACAAACUAUUGAGCUGCUCUGCUACAUGCCUUAAUUAAAGUUCUCGUUGGCUCUUGCUCUUUAUAGAUGGUCAUACCAAUAAGAUAAUUGAACAGAUAAGCAGUGAGAUUGUGGUUAAACAUUUUGUACAUUUUGGUAUUAUACACAAAUUGUGGACCAUUAAUAAAGUGCAAGUUUUUAAUAAAAAAACAUUUUGGUGAGCAUCAACUAUUCAGAAGUGUUAACUGUAUGUUUUCUUUACAGUUGGAAAGGAAAUAUGAUGCACAAUAUAGUUUCUAGUGCUAUUCAGUAGCAGGAUUGAAAAAAGUUCCUGCAUUAAUUGCCCCUCAAACUAUUAGAUUUAGUAAACCAGGACAACGAGUAGAAUUAUUCAAUAACAUACAUUCUAAUGUGAGUAGUACCUGGCCAACUUUCUGUUAAUAAAUAAUGGAAUCUGAUCAGAAAAAUGGGAAUGGAAGUAUAUCCUAGCUUUAUUUUGAUCAGUAUUCAUUUUAACCUAAAAUUCAAUGGGGCCUUCAGUUUUGUGAGGUAAAAAUAUUGUGGAAGCUGUAUUAUAAAAUCAUGCAUUAGCAUUUCUUGGAUAGGACGGUAUUGUUAGUGUGAUUGAUAGCUCAGAAUAAUGAACGUGAGUUCUAACCUUUCCGAGGCUUUCAGAUUAAUGAAAACAAUUUUCCCAAUCACAAUUGUCCAUACGGAUUUAGUUUAUCCCAUUCUUUGUUGUAUUCAUUCCAGUUUAAUUAGUCUUUGGAAGAUUGAUUUUGUCUUCGUUUUACAAACAUCUGAAGUGGUAUGUUACUUAUAUGAUCAAUGAAUGAAUUUCAGAUUGAGCUUUUGAUUACAAUUGAAAUUGAAACUUUUAUUUUAUUUUUACCAAACUAAGUUUUUGGUCAGUAGCAAUGGAAGUCACUUGUUAAACUCCAGGGCUACGUCAAAAAUCUAAUCAAGGAACAUUUUUAUAACCAAUACAUUUUUUCUUGCCUAAAAUGUAACAUCUAAUUGCUCACAGCUCACUGGGUAAGAUUAUUGUGCUGUUCAAAGUACAGGUGACAUGCCUUUCUUAACACUUGGAAAUGCGUUAACAGUAGCAACAAUGUUGGAUAUGCUUCAUAUGGGUUUGCAGUUAUGCAAAGGUAUUUAUUCAACAUUUACCGUUUUUCUAAAUGGGUAUAGAAGGAAAAUCUGUUCACUGUUUUAUUUGUAUGGCCUUAAAGCUAAGACAUUUCUUAUGACGUGUAUUGUGAAGAGCCCUUUUGGUAGGAGCAGAUGAAUUCUAAUGCUUUUUUUUUUCUCUCUUUCGUCGUCUUCCCAGAAAUGUGAUUUUUUUUUUUUU